UUCUCCAUUUCAUUCGCUCUUUGACUCGGCCAUUAAUUUCUCUUUUCUGCAAGUCCUCUGUUUUAAUAGUUUUGUAUCUUCAUCUUUAUUAAUCUGCAUUUUAUUGUAAGCACCUUGUUUCCUUCCUAUUCUCUCCAUCCUUUCUAUUCAUAUCUCCAUCGUUUGGUCUCACCACCUCUGCAUCCCUCCAUCUCUGUCGACCAUGAGUCUGAGCCGUACCAAGAGAAUCAGCUCCAGUAACUCUGUCCGGACCAGCGGCGGGUCGAGGAGGCUGAACGGUUUUGGUCCAGGUCUGGGGGGCUUCAGCGGCAUCUCCCUGAGCAGCAGCUCUCUGUACACAGGCAGCAACGGGUAUCAUCACGGUGCCCCGCUGGCGUCGGUGUCGGUCAACAAGAGCCUGCUGGCCCCCCUCAACCUGGAGAUCGACCCCAACCUGUCCAUGAGCCGAGCCCACGAGAAGGAGCAGAUCAAGAGCCUCAACAACCGCUUCGCAAGCUUCAUAGACAAGGUACGUUUCCUGGAGCAGCAGAAUAAGAUGCUGGUGACCAAACUGGAGCUGCUGCAGGGUCAAGGGGUGAACCGAUCUAACGUGGAGCCCAUGUACGAGGCCUACAUGGCGGGUCUGAGGCGUCAGAUGGAUCUGGUCAACAACGACAAGAGCAAACUGGAUGGAGAGCUGAGGAACAUGCAGGGCCUGGUGGAGGACUACAAACACAAAUAUGAGGAUGAGAUUAACAAGAGAAACAAACUGGAGAACGACUUUGUUAUCCUAAAGAAGGAUGUAGACUCAGCCUACCUGGUGAAGGCAGACCUGGAGGAUAAGGUGGGAGCUCUGACUGAUGAAAUCAACCUCCUGCGCAGCAUCUAUGAGGAGGAGCUGCGCGAGCUGCAGGCCAGUAUCAAAGACACGUCAGUGGUGGUGCAGAUGGACAACAGUCGCAGCCUGAACAUGGAGCAGAUCGUCGCUGAGGUCAAGGUGCAGUAUGAAGAGAUCGCAGCCCGCAGCCGAGAGGAGGCGGAGGCCUGGUACAAGAACAAGUUUGACCAGAUGUCAGUGCAGGCCAGCCAGUUUGGAGACGAGCUCCGCAAUGUGAAGGCAGAGUUGGGCGAGGUGAACCGGCUUAUCAGCCGACUGCAGAGUGAGAUUGAAGCUGUCAAAGCUCAGCGUGCUAGUCUGGAGAACCAGCUGGCCGAGGCUGAGGAGCGUGGAGAGCUGGCCGUGAAAGAAGCCAAAGCCCGGACCAGAGACUUGGAAGAUGCACUGCAGAGGGCCAAGCAAGACAUGGCCAGACAGCUGCGAGAGUAUCAGGACCUGAUGAACCUGAAACUGGCUCUGGACAUUGAGAUCGCCACCUACAGGAAGCUGCUGGAAGGAGAGGAAGACAGACUUGGACAACAGUCCAUCCUCAGCAUCCAGGCCAUCUCCAACUACAGUACUAAAAGUAGUAAUGGCUACCACACCACCUCCAGCUCUCCUGCUCCAAAACUGCUGAUAAAGACCACUGAGACCAGACACAAAGCCAAAUACAGUACUCACUGAGAGGACACACACACACACGCAUGCAUCAUGCACCACUCAGUCAAUAAGCCUGUUCUAACAGCUGUCUCCAUGAAGGUGCAGGUGGAGCAUGUGAUUACUAACCUUUACCAACAUCUGUACAUGUAACUGUGGAAAUAGUGCUGGGAAUUUACACAAUAUAAACAUUUUAGUGUUUUGCUGUAGUGUGUCAGGUUGAGUUUGACCGUCACUCAGACUUUAGUUGGACCCAACAAACACAAACAAACACUGUAGUAGACUGCUGUGUUGUUUGUGCUGAGAUCAUAAGAAUAUAAACAUAGUGUAGUACUGCAAAUCAUUGUAGCCAUAUCCUGUAAGAGGUCUACUUGUGGUUUAAUCAUGCAGUUGGUUUGUUUGUUUUGUUUCUUUAACUGAGAACUGGAAAUUUGCUUAGUAUAUUAGGUGAACCUCAAACCUUGAUAGAGCUGUGGUCACUGGUUACUUCUCUGCUUGGAUUUUCAGAGUAAAAUGAGCAAACAGGCUCUGGAGUGUUUUUAGUUUCUGCCUUUUAAAACUAUUUCAAAGAAAACUGCA